UCCGCCCGCGGAGGCCGCCCCGCUCCGCAGCCGCCGCCGCCGCCGCCGCCGCCGCCCGUCCCGGCCUCGGGCUGCUAUGGUCGGGCCAUGGCCGCGCGCAGCGCCGGUUAUGUCUUUGAGACCCUUAUUGAAACAUUAGAUGACAGUUCACAUAAGAAGUUCUUCAAUGUCCCUAAACUUGGAGGCACCAAGUAUGAUGCUCUGCCUUACUCCAUUCGGGUCCUGCUGGAGGCUGCUGUGCGCAAUUGUGAUGGGUUUUUAAUGAAGAAGGAAGAUGUCAUGAACAUUCUGGACUGGAGAACCAAGCAAAGCAACGUUGAAGUGCCCUUUUUCCCUGCCCGUGUUCUUCUUCAAGACUUCACUGGAAUCCCUGCAAUGGUAGAUUUUGCUGCUAUGAGGGAGGCGGUGAAAACUCUUGGAGGUGACCCUAAAAGAGUCCACCCUGCCUGUCCUACAGAUCUGACGGUUGAUCACUCCUUGCAGAUUGACAUCAGUAAAUGUGCAAUACAGAAUGCUCCCAACCCUGGAGGUGGGGAGCUGCAAAGGGCAGGGAAGAUCCCGCCCCUCCCAGCACACCCUAAGAAGCUUCCCUGCAGAGGCCAGACCACCUGCCGGGGGCCCUGUGACUCCGGAGCACUGGGCCGAGACUCGGGAAGAUUCUCUUCACAGAUUGAGAACACGCCCAUCCUCUGUCCAUUCCACUUGCAACCAGUGCCUGAACCUGAAACAGUGUUAAAAAACCAAGAAGUAGAAUUCGGCAGAAAUCGAGAAAGGCUUCAGUUUUUUAAGUGGAGCUCACGCGUUUUUAAGAAUGUGGCUGUGAUCCCUCCUGGAACUGGAAUGGCUCAUCAAGUCAACUUAGAGUAUUUGUCUCGAGUGGUUUGUGACGAGAACAACUUCCUCUUCCCAGACAGUGCGGUUGGCACAGACUCCCACAUAACCAUGGUGAACGGUUUGGGGAUUUUGGGCUGGGGGGUCGGAGGCAUUGAGACAGAAGCAGUGAUGCUCGGUCUGCCCGUUUCUUUGACCUUACCAGAGGUGGUUGGCUGUGAGUUAACUGGCUCUUCAAACCUUUUUGUUACAUCCAUAGAUGUUGUUCUUGGCAUUACAAAGCACCUCAGGCAAGUAGGAGUGGCUGGAAAGUUUGUUGAGUUUUUUGGAAGUGGAGUUUCACAAUUAUCUAUGGUGGAUCGAACUACAAUAGCAAACAUGUGUCCAGAAUACGGUGCUCUCCUCAGUUUUUUCCCUGUUGACAAUGUGACAGUAAAACAUUUAGAGCAUAUAGGCUUUGACAAAGCCAAACUCAAGUUAAUAGAAACAUACCUUAAAGCUGUGAAGUUGUUUCGAAGUGACCAGACUCCUUCAGGACAGCCUGAAUAUUCCCAGGUGAUCCAGAUUAAUCUGAAUUCAAUCGUCCCCUCUGUCAGUGGUCCCAAAAGGCCUCAGGAUAGAGUUGCAGUGACAGAUAUGAAAAGUGACUUCCAGGCCUGCCUGAAUGAGAAGGUCGGAUUUAAGGGCUUCCAAAUCGCAUCAGAAAAACAGAAUGACAUUGUUACCAUUGGUUACGAGGGAAGUGAGUAUACGCUGGCGCACGGCUCAGUGGUCAUCGCUGCAGUGAUCAGCUGUACCAACAACUGUAAUCCAUCGGCCAUGCUUGCUGCAGGUCUUCUGGCUAAGAAGGCUGUGGAAGCUGGACUGAGUGUGAAGCCCUACAUCAGGACCAGCCUGUCUCCAGGCAGCGGGAUGGCGACUCACUACCUCAGUGCCAGUGGAGUGCUGCCUUACCUCAGUCAGCUUGGGUUUGAAGUCGUCGGCUACGGGUGCUCUACAUGCGUGGGAAACACAGCGCCUUUGGCAGAAGCAGUUCUGAAUGCAGUGAAGCAGGGCGAUUUAGUUACCUGUGGAGUUUUAUCAGGAAACAAGAACUUUGAAGGUCGCCUCUGCGACUGUGUCCGUGCCAGUUACCUCGCCUCCCCUCCCCUCGUGGUCGCGUACGCCAUCGCAGGCACGGUGAAUAUAGAUUUCCAGAAGGAACCAUUAGGUACGGACUCUGCCGGCAAGAACAUUUACCUGCAUGAUAUUUGGCCCAGGCGAGAGGAAAUACAUCAGAUUGAGGAAGAACAUGUUAUAUUUUCUAUGUUUAAAGCACUGAAAGAGAAAAUUGAGAUGGGAAAUAAACGGUGGAAUUCCUUAGAAGCACCAGAUUCAGUCUUGUUCCCAUGGGAAGCGAAGUCUACUUAUAUCCGAUGUCCUUCCUUUUUUGAUAAGCUUACCAAAGAGCCCGCCGCCCUGCAGCCUAUCGAGGAUGCCCACGUCUUACUCUACCUGGGAGACUCGGUCACCACAGAUCACAUAUCCCCUGCUGGGAGCAUCGCUCGGAGCAGCGCUGCCGCCAAGUACCUGACGCACCGGGGCCUUAGCCCUCGUGAGUUCAACUCCUAUGGAGCCCGGAGAGGGAACGAUGCCGUGAUGACAAGAGGCACCUUUGCCAAUAUCAAGCUCGUCAAUAAGUUUAUCGGAAAACCAGCCCCCAAAACAGUUCACUUCCCAUCAGGACAGAAGCUGGACGUGUUUGAGGCCGCAGAGCUGUACCAGAAGGAAGGCAUCCCGCUCAUCAUCCUCGCGGGCAAGAAGUACGGCUCAGGCAACUCUCGAGACUGGGCUGCCAAGGGGCCCUACUUGCUGGGUGUGAAAGCUGUUCUGGCCGAAAGCUAUGAAAAAAUCCACAAGGAUCAUUUGAUUGGAGUUGGAAUCGCGCCAUUGCAGUUCCUUCCAGGAGAGAGUGCAGAUUCUUUGGGCCUGUCUGGUAGAGAGACGUUCUCUUUCACGUUUCCUGAAGACUUGUGUCCUGGAGUCACAGUGGCUGUGAAGACCAGUACUGGCAAAGCAUUCAGAGUCAUCGCUGCAUUCGAAAAUGAUGUGGAAAUAACUUUGUUCCAACACGGAGGAUUAUUAAACUUUGUAGCGCGAAAAUUCUUAUAGUAUCCACUCACACAAAUGGUCAUCGCCAAAGCCUCCAUGCUGGACGGGCCCGGGAGUCCUUCCCGGGGAGCCACAGCGGGCCCUGCCGCCCGCUCAGUCGCCCCAUCCAUGGCGCAGUGGGGAGGAAGCCGAGGCGAGUCUUGUCGACCUUAAAUAAUACACACGGUGCUAUUUUCAUUGCUAAACAAUGUGUGAAGUGUUGUGGAGAGGCCUGUAAGCACUUGGGUGGGUGUGCAAUCCGAUCCUUGUCAGUAACGGGACGCUUCUCUGAAUGACCUUCCUGAAGUUGUCGCUUUCUGAACCUAUGACUGUUGCUGCUGUUUGUUGGUUUAAGAGGAACCUGUCUUCCUUGAGGGUGCCCAGGCAGAAUAAGAUCAUGAAUGUUGGAAUUUUCUUGGACGUUUUAGGUGAUGUUCUCAGUUGGUAAACUAAGGCAGGCUCAUGAUCUGUCUCCCAAGAAUGCAGAGUGCACAUAGCCACCGCCAGAUACCGCUUGAUCAGUGUGGAAUCCGGCCAAGGGCUCUGCACAGCUGCAGGUGCAGCACUGUGGAUGUGCUGGCCGAGGCCGCUCCUGGAAGUGAGUGUUCCACUGGCUCAGCCCAUCUUUAGUCUGUCAGUUGCUCUCCUCCCCGCCCUGCACUCUUGGGCCGGCUCUGGAUUCCGGUUUUAGAUAGCUCGCCUCACUUCAGUCUGAGGUUCUAGCCAGAAAUGCUCGGGACCACUCAUCAUAGCCCCAGAUUUCCCAUUUGCUGAUGAGAACAUGAUUUGAAUCAUGAAACAGUAAAAUGAGUUGUUUGAGUAUUUUAAAUCAUCCAGAGUCAACUGUACAAUCACUCUUAACCCUGACCCUUGUUUAAAAUGUGGGUCUUGUCUUAAUGAUUUCAAUUGAUUUCCUACAAGGCUGAAUCAUGAAUUUAUCUGAGAUCUGUGUAGUAAAUAUACUGUUUCUGUUGAAACCAAAAGCAAGCUUGCUCUGGGGAUCAGACACUGAUGUGAUUGCUGUAAGAGUUCCAUAUCCUACAGUCUCCCAAGAAGCUUAGCGACUUUUGAAGAGAAAGGUCGUGUAGAUGAUUGUGUAGACCCCUUCCAUGUUCUUGUUAAACCAAGCUUAGCAUGCCAAAGGCUCAUCAUCACAGUGAUUUUUUUCCCCCCAUAAUCUUUCUUUGACUUACUUAAAUCAUUGCAAUUACGAAGUCUCUCCUGUUGCACAGGGUGUUGUGUGAUUUGUUUUAUGCCCAACAUUCAAAACUGUAUAGUAAGGUGAAGAAUGAGAAUUUUGCACAUUCCGAAUUAGCAUCGUGGAAACAACAAAGUGAUGUGUUUUAAAGAUUUACCUUUAUAGCUUUAGAGAUUGCUUUUGUCUUUCAAAUGUGUUUGCUAGUUUAUCAUGCCAUGUAUCUGUCUGUGCAGUUUUUCCUUGUGUGAAAAUGCGGGUCAGCAAAGGGGAAUUUCAAGUUUGAAGCAGAAGUGCUCAUUCCAGCUCUCCCGUGCCUAUAGGGAAUCAUGUUAUUUUUAAGCCUAUUGUAAUAAAUGUUUCUAUUCAGAGGCCUUGGCACAGACAGACUAGUUUAGAGCUUGUUAGUAGCAAAUGGAGCAGUUGUGUUUCCUGCCUUUUCAGUCUAGUAGUAGACAAAUCUCGAAAACCAGGUUCUCCAUCUCUUACUGAGACAACAGCCCUUAAGCCUUGAGAAGCUUGCCCCCCACCUGGGAGAUUCUGGGGGUGGAGGGCACCCAUAUCUAAAAAAUAUUAAUGCUGGUGAAGCAUUAAAAUACUGAUCUUUUGCCUGACCCCAUCCACUGCCCUGUGACAUCUAUGGGAUCUGCUGUCCAGCCUCUGGGUCACCUGGCUGUCAGGAUUCUCCAGGUGAUAGUUGUCACCAGUGCCUGGUUUUAUCUCUGAAGCUGAGGGGGACCACUAAGAAUCUCUUCAGUGUUUCACUGGGCAUCCAGUGGGUGACUCUGGUACUACAGGGCAAGAAAGGGAGGGGGGGUAUAGACUGGGACCUGUCUGGGUGUCUCGAAGGGAGAUGAUUUGAGUCCCCUUUUCUCUGGCUCCAGAGAAAGACCCCUCUCUGCCUUUAGAUCUCAGAGAAGUGACCGAGGUACCACAGUGAACUCUUAGUGUGACUGAGGCUCAGGGACAGUUCUGCAGUCACUGGCUUUUCUCCCUGAGGGUACUGUUGUGCCAAGGACUUGGUCAGCUUUGCCACUGAUCUUCGUGAAGCUCAUGUCUUCCAUCGUUACAAAUCGUCCUCUAUUCUCUUAAGCCAACAAAACAGCAUUAGCAGUUUUCAGUUAAGUGAUGUUAAGUAUGGUAUAGUGAUCUACAGGAGGUUAAGUUCAGCUGGCCAUUGUGUACAUGUUACCGAUGCUGUAAAUUAUUUUUAAUAAAGAAAAAUGGAUU